AUGUUGUUCUCAAGCCUAACUACCGCUCUGGCGCUCGCCAACGGUGCUGUCGCCAUACCUACCUACAGCCUCAAAACACGUCAAGCCACCACCCUCAAUGCGGCCAUUAUUGCGAAAGGCCGCUCUUAUAUCGGCACUUCUCUCACCAUCCGUAGCGACAAUACUGAGCAGAACCUCAUCAAGUCCGCCGAAUUCGGCUCCAUCACCCCCGAAAAUGCCAUGAAGUGGGAUGCUACGGAGCCUAAUCGUGGAUCAUUCAGUUGGGGCAAUGCAGACCAGAUCGCCAAUUUUGCCACGCAGAAUAACAAGCAGAUGCGGUGUCAUACACUUGUCUGGUAUAGUCAAUUGCCGAAUUGGGUGACACAGAUCAACAACAAUGCUACGUUGAUGAGCGUGAUGGAGAAUCACAUCAAGCAAGUUAUGGGCCGCUACAAGGGGAAGUGUACACACUGGGAUGUUGUCAACGAGGCUCUCAACGAGGACGGCACAAACAGAGAUAACGUCUUCCUCCGUGUAAUAGGCGAACAAUACCUCCCUAUCGCUUUCCGCAUGGCCGCAGCAGCAGACCCAACAGCCAAACUCUUCUACAACGACUACAACCUCGAGUACGGCGAGGCCAAGCACCAAGGCGCUAUCCGCAUUGUCAAGCUCGUCCAGUCUUGGGGCGUCAAGAUCGAUGGUGUCGGCCUGCAGGGUCACCUUGUCUCCGAGCCGACUGGCACUCAGAGCAUUGUUACGCCCAGUGUUGCAGUCCUGACCAAGACGCUACAGGAUUAUGCUAACUUGGGCGUUGAUGUUGCUUAUACGGAAGUCGAUAUUCGGUCAAAGACACCGACUACUACGCAGAAAUUGAACGAUGCGGCUGCUGCUUGGGCACGUGUUGCGCAGUCAUGUAUUAACGUGGAGCGAUGUGUGGGUAUCACAAUCUGGGGUAUUGCUGAUAAAUACUCCUGGGUCCCUCAAACAUUCAAUGGCGAGGGCUCAGCUCUUUUGUGGACUGACAACUUCCAGAAGAAGCCCGCGUAUCAGGCCUUCUUGGACGUUCUCAAUGGCAAGACAAUAACUUAG